GAGCGCCCUCCCUUCCCGCCGGGAUGGAGAUGUUCUCGCUGAAUUCCCUCAAAGAUUCCAGAGAUUUACUAAAGGAAUUUCCACAGCCUAAAAACUUGCUCAACAGCGUGAUUGGCCGAGCCCUGGGCAUUUCCCAUGCCAGGGACAAGCUGGUGUACAUCCACACUAACGGGCCAAGGAAAAAGAAAGUCACUCUCCAUAUAAAGUGGCCCAAGAAUGUGGAAGUGGAGGGCUAUGGGACCAAGAAGAUCGACGCGGAGCGGCAGGCGGCGGCUGCAGCGUGCCAGCUCUUCAAGGGCUGGGGCUUGCUGGGCCCUCGGAACGAGCUCUUUGAUGCAGCCAAGUACCGGCUGCUGGCCGAGCAGCUGGGCUGUCCCGACGAGCGCUGGUGCUCCGAGGGCAAGUGGCGCUCCAAGUCCGGGCCCUCCCUCGCCGACCUGUCCACCUGCUGGCGCCGCAUGGAGCCCGACGACGCCAUCCAGCCCAUGGAGCAGGGCAGGAUGCCCAAAGCCAUGAGGAGGGAGGAGCUGGAGGAAGGGGAGCUGGAGGAGGGGGAGCUGGAGGAGGGGGAGCUGGAGGAGGAGGCCAUCGAUGUCUCGGACUACCUGCCCAUGGCGCACCAGGACGCCCGCACCCCCGGCAGGGACGCCAGCCGAGGAGGGAGCUCCAUUGAAAUGACAGACGACAACACUGCCAUCCGUGCCCUGACGCAGUUCCCACUUCCCAAAAACCUCCUGGCCCAAGUGAUUCAGAUUGCAACCUCUUCCUCCACAGUCAAGGAGUACAUGCAGUUCCGCACGGUGGGCACCAAGACCAAGAUCUGCAAGCUGACGCUGCGCUGGCCCUGCCCCAUGACCUUCGCUGCCAAGGGCCGGCGCAAGGUGGAGGCUGAGAACAAGGCAGCGGCUCUGGCCUGCCAGAAGCUGAAGAGCCUUGGCCUGGUGGACAAGAACAACAACCCCCUGAGCCAUGCCAUGUACAACAUGACUUCCCUGAGGGAGCUGGGGGAGAACCAGAGGAAGCCCUGCCACAUCAAAGUCCCUGAGGCCACCCUGCGCAAGAUCGAGAACUACCUGAACCACUACCCCGUGGACAUCAGGGAGUCCAGGCCCCGCAUUGCCGACGACAUGAUGAACCUGACCAAGGAGUCCGGUGCCAUCAGCGACGCCAUCACGGGGAAGACCUACAUCCCCAUGCUGGAGGCAGAGGAAGUGCGCCUUAGCCAGAACCUGCUGGCCCUCUGGAAAAGGAGAGGAGCCUCCUGGCAGGAGAGCCACCCGCUGCCGGUCGACCCGCACAAGGACACCAUCCUGUCAGCCAUCGAGCAGAACCCCGUGGUGGUGAUCGCGGGGGACACGGGCUGCGGGAAGACCACGCGGAUCCCGCAGCUGCUGCUGGAGCACUACAUCCUGGAGGGCCGCGGCGCGCGCUGCAACGUGGUCAUCACGCAGCCGCGCCGCAUCAGCGCCAUCUCGGUGGCGCAGCGCGUGGCGCAGGAGCUGGGGCCCAACAUGAGGAAGAACGUGGGCUACCAGGUGCGGCUGGAGAGCAAGCCCCCUGCCCGGGGAGGCGCCCUGCUCUUCUGCACCGUGGGCAUCCUGCUCAGGAAGCUGCAGGGCAACCCCAGCCUGGAGGGCGUCAGCCACGUGGUGGUGGACGAGGUGCACGAGCGGGACGUGAACACGGAUUUCCUGCUCAUCCUGCUCAAAGGCAUCCAGAAGCUGAACCCCGACCUGCGCCUGGUGCUCAUGAGCGCCACGGGCGACAACCAGCGCUUCUCGCACUACUUUGGGGACUGCCCCGUGGUCAAGGUGCCGGGCUUCAUGUACCCGGUGAAGGAAUACUACCUGGAGGAGAUCCUGGCCAAGCUGGGCCGGCACCGGCACCGGCACUAUGAGAUCAAGCAAUCGGACGAUGAGUGUGUCCUGGACCUUGACCUGAUCACCGACCUCGUGCUGCAGAUCGAUGCCCACGGAGAGCCAGGUGGGAUCCUGUGCUUCCUCCCUGGCUGGCAGGAGAUCAAAGGGGUGCAGCAGCGGCUGCUGGAGAUGCUGGGCUCGCAGAACAGCCGCUACCUCGUCUUGCCAGUGCACUCCAACAUCCCCAUGAUGGACCAGCAGAACAUCUUCCAGAGGCCUCCCCCGGGUGUCAGGAAGAUCGUCCUGGCCACCAACAUCGCCGAGACCUCCAUCACCAUCAACGACAUCGUGCACGUGGUGGACAGCGGCACGCACAAGGAGGAGCGCUACGACCUCAAGACCAAGCGAGAUCCUGCGCACGCCCCUGGAGAACCUGGUGGUGCAGGCCAAGAUCCACAUGCCAGAGAAAACGGCAGUUGAAUUUCUGUCCAAGGCUCUGGACAGCCCUGACAUCAAAGCUGUGGAUGAAGCUGUGAUCUUGCUGCAGGAGAUUGGAGUGCUGGACCAGCGGGAAGCGCUGACCACCCUGGGCAAGCGCCUGGCGCAGAUCUCCACGGACCCUCGGCUGGCCAAGGCCAUCGUGCUGGCCUCCAUCUACCGCUGCCUGCACCCGCUGCUGGGCCUUGUCAAGCAGUUCUCUGAGAACCUCUAUGAAGCCUUCCUGGUGUCAUCCCCGUCUGACUGUACCAUGCCCUCGUCCGUGUGUAACCAGUACAGUGAGGAGGAGGAACUGGUCAAGGGUGUCCUCAUGGCUGGGCUCUACCCCAACCUCAUCCAGGUGAGACAAGGCAAGGUGACACGCCAGGGGAAGUUCAAGCCCAACAGUUACGCGUACCGGACCAAGGCCGGCACCGUGCUGCUGCACAAGUCCACCAUCAACAGGGAGGCAUCCAAGCUCUACAGCCGCUGGCUCACCUACUUCAUGGCCGUCAAGUCCAACGGCGGCGUCUUCGUGCGCGACUCGUCGCAGGUGCACCCGCUGGCCGUGCUGCUCAUGACUGACACCGACAUCCACGUGCGAGAUGACGGCUGGCGAGCAACGGUGUCCCUGACGGACAGCGACCUGCUGGUGCUGGAGGGGGACUCGUACACCAUCCGCCUGCUGCGCGACUUCCGCGUGUCCCUCUCCAAGAUGGUGGAGACGUGCCUGUGCUACGAGAUGGCCGCGAUCCCCGGGGACCUGCACCACCAGCACAGCCAACUGCUCGACAUCCUGGUGGAUCUGCUCAAGGGCCCUCCCGGCAGCUUCGGCUCGUAGGCGGAGCUGCAGCCUCGUGUGGGGACUUGUAAUUUGUAUAAAGAUGUUCACAAAUGUUUAUUUAAAUAAAGUUCUAUUUAUCCCUUGUGAAGU